ACCAGUAACAAAAUCCAAAACCUAACUUUUCGGCUCUCACAAACUGUUAUAUUAUCCUAUAACAAGGGAAAAAUCAACUUCAACUUUCUUCAUGGCUCCGUCUGAGUUUAGCUCCAGCACACAAGAACCUACCACCGUGACCACAGAAUGCAGUUGUGAGAACACCGAAACCGAGCAAAAUGGGACAGAAGAGAGUGGUUUUGGAGGAGAAAGAAAAUCGAAUCAGGUUGGAGAUAAAGGGAAAGGUGCACAAACAUCCGCAGACGGAAAUGGAGAUGACACAGUUGAAGAUAAUAUUGAAACUGAAAACACUCCUUGUACAUGUGACACUGAAGAGGAAACGAAAGAGAGUGAUUCAGGAGACGAGGAAAAAGCCGCAGAAGGAAAUGGAGAUGACACAGUUGAAGAUAAUACUCAAACUGAAAACACUUCUUCUACAUGUGACACCGCCAUUGAAGAGGAAACAGAAGAGAGUGAUUCACGAGAACAAGAAAACGAGCAAAAUGGGACAGAAGAGAGUGGUUUUAAAGGAGGACGAAAAGCACUUCAGGUUAGAGAUAAAGGGAAGCCGACACAAUCAACAAACUAAUAAGGAACAGAAAAUGAGACCACAUUAUAAACGCUUCUUAUGUCUGUGAAGAUGUCACUCACAAAUGGCUUAGAAGAACAUGAAAAAAAACGACACACGGUUCAGGAUGAACUCACGCUUCUGGUUUCUUGUAUUACUUCAUUUGCUAUGGAUAUUUUUGUGUUUUGUUGGCUGUUUAGAAAAGUUAGGCUUCCCCUUCUCUCCAAUAAAUGAAGCAUUCAUUCAUGGUUACUUCAAUAACACUUUGGUCGUGUGAAUAAACUAGUGUACAACCACAUUUAUACAUA